UAAGCAGUCACUGCAGAAGUAGAAGUGGCUUUCUCAUCUAGAGAAGUUGAUCUGGGUGUUUGACAGAGAGAGAAAGAUCAUCUUGUUGCAGGGACAUGGACAUUCGUGACAAGUGCCAAGUUGACUUUCAAUAUGAAAAGAAUAACAAGGAGCACAGAACCAUUGAGAUCAGCACCAAGCGACUGAUAGUUAGAAGGGGACAGUCCUUCAAUAUUAAGGUGAACUUCAAAGAUGGAUUCAAUCCCCAAGAGGCCAAGCUAAACUUGAUUUUAGAGACAGGUCGAGAACCUCAGAAAGCAAACAAUACCAGCAUAGUGUUUCCCUUCACAGAGUCAAUAAAUGUAAAAAGAUGGAGUGCAGUAAUUUCCUCUGCCACCACAAAUGAAUUGUGCCUGGCCAUAUCACCAUCGCCAAAAGCCAUAAUUGGUUACUACACCUUAAUUCUGCAACAUUCUUAUAAACAGAAUGUGAAGUACCAUCUUGGAACCUUUGUUGUACUCUUUAAUCCAUGGUGCUCAGAGGAUGAAGUUUUUCUCAACAGCGAUGUUCAACGAAAUGAAUACUUGUUGAAUGAAAAUGGAAUAAUUUAUGUUGGUGGUAGUGAUUACAUAAGUGACAAACACUGGAAUUUUGGACAGUUUGAAGAUGAUAUUUUGGACAUCUGCCUUAAGCUAUUGGACAACACUCCCAAAUUUCUGAAAACACCAAAUACGGAGAUUCAAAAAAGAAACUCUGCUGUGUUUGUUGCUAGAACUGUAUCUGCCAUGGUGAAUUCUCAGGAUGAUAGAGGAAUUCUGCAUGGUAGAUGGAGUCCCCCAUAUUCCGAUGGGGUUGUAUCCAGGGACAUGAAUGGAAGUGGUGCAAUUCUUCGGCAAUGGAAUGCUAGUGACUGCAAAGCUGUUCGCUAUGGGCAAUGCUGGGUGUUUGCAGCAGUGACUUGUACAGUUUUAAGGUGCUUAGGUAUUCCAACCCGUGUGGUUACAAACUUUGACUCCGCUCAUGAUGCCGAUGCAAACCUAACCAUCGAUGACUACUAUAAUAUAGAAGGGGAUGAUGUGGGAGGAUCAUCUGACAGUGUCUGGAACUUUCAUGUUUGGAAUGAAUGUUGGAUGGCACGAACUGACUUGACCUCAGGAUUUGAUGGAUGGCAGGUUGUGGAUGCAACACCACAGGAGCUAAGUGGAGGUGUUUACUGCUGUGGUCCAGCUCCAGUAAAAGCAGUCAAAGAAGGGGAUAUGGACAUGAAGUAUGACGUCCCAUUUGUUUUCGCUGAAGUGAAUGCACAUUGUGUGAAAUGGCUGUUGUUCAGUGAUGGAACGAAGAUGCAAGUUGACGUUGAUACAGAACAUGUUGGUCACAAAGUGAGCACAAAGAGAUGUGGUGCUGAUGAACGUGAGGACAUCACAGACACGUACAAAUAUCCUGAUGGCUCCACUCAAGAAGCAGAUGUGUUUGCAAAGGCUAACAUGAUUCAAAACAUUCCACCACCCAAAAAGACAUUGCAAGUGUCUCUGCUCACCGACCAGCCCAGUUACAUAGGAAAGCCUGUUUCAGUCUCUGUGGUCAUUUUCAACAAGUCUUCAAAGGAAAAGGUCUAUAACGUCAGAUUAUGGGCUAAGAAAAGAAAAUAUAAUGGAGGUACAGAGAGCCAAUGUUUCAAGAAACAUAAAGAAGAAGUCACUAUCGCUUCUGAUGAAGCUAAGAAAAUUGCUUUGAAAGUGAGCUACCAAGAAUAUGGAUUAUUCCCUGACAUGUACAACCUGAUGAAACUGAUAACUGUUGUAACCGAUGUAUCGUCUCAAGAUAAUGCAUCUGCUGUAAAAGAUGUUGCUCUGAUCAACCCUCCCAUCACAAUUAAGAUGCUGAAUUAUUUUGCUCAAGUGAAUAAAACGAUCUAUGUGACGAUCAGCUUUAAGAACCCUUUUCCUGAUGCACUGAAGAACUGUGUCAUGACUCUCGAGGGAAAAGGUCUGAUUGAGGGUGCAAAGGAAAUAAAAUUUGGAGAUGUAGCAGCAAAUGAAGACGCUGAAGUGAAGUGCGACUUUGUUCCCCAUAAAUCAGGGAAAAGAAAACUUCUGGUGGAUUUUGACUCCAACUUACUGCAAAAUGCAAAAGGUUCCUUAGUCAUUGAUGUCCAAGAAAAAUAGAGAAAGAGGACAACAUGAAACAUUCUUGAAACCUGUUUUAUUUUCUGAAUUUCUGGGAUUUUGGCAUAUUAUUAGUUUUACUACCAGCUUACACGUUUAAAUAUAUUGGCUGUAAUUAUAAUUGAUGGCCAGCUUUGACACUACUGCUUUAGUGAAUGGUAUUAUGCUUGUGGGAGAUUUUAUUGGAAUAAGCUUGUAAGUAUUGAUCAUAUGUCUAGCCUGCAGAUGGAGUAUUGAGAGACUGAAGAGUCAGUCAACCAGUACAAAUAGUGCUUAACAACAUAAACUUUUGGAUCAGUUAUCUUAUUGUACCUCCACCUGUGUCCUCAAAUGGCCAUAAGAGUUCAAUUCAAAUAAGAACAAUGAGAAAGUUCCCCUGGUCACCGAUCCAAAUUUAAUUCUCACACAGCACCACUGUAUGAGGAAUAUAAUCGUGGCUAAUAACAUCACUGCUACCUGUAGGAUCCUGUUUUGUGGAAAAUUUGCCUGAUUGAAUUGGUUUCAGAUUUUUGAAGGCGAUAGGAGAUAUUCAUAUGUAAGUUUUUAUAUACUCUUUGAGGUAUGGCAACAUAGUUUGUUCCAAAUUGCUGGUAUUAUGGCCUAUACCGCUUUUGCCCUUCUGCCUAUUCUCGUGCAUUGCAUAUUGGAUUCUAAAGUUCUUUAGUUAAAUGAUCUCUGUGCCAGUUGAUUCUUUUCACGAAUCAAUGACUUCCAUUGGACUGAACAGUGGAUGCCAACUGAAACUUCUUAAAGUAUCCUUGAAGCAAAUACAAUUGAUACAAAAACAAGGCUAUGGUUCUAAGUAUUUUGGCAUCUGGUAGCAAGGGUGAAUUUCUCCCCCAAAUGAGGCAUGCAUUAUUAGUUCAUCAUACAAUGCCUGUGUGAAGCUUUGGGAUUUCUGUUACUCUGAACUGUUACAUUUUUCAUGAGAUAAUAAAAUUCAUAUUGAAAACUAGGAAACAA